CUCCGCACCCCGCUCUGCUCUGCGCGCUCCCGGCUCCUCCGCGCUCUCCCAAGCGCCCAGCGGAGCAGCGGGAUGGAGGAGGAGCUGACCUGGGAGACCCAGGGCUUGCUUCCCCUGGAGAGACAGCUGCAUGAGGCCUCACGCUGGAACCGGGUGGGGAGGAUGAAGGAGCUGUUUGAGAAGAGGGUUAACGUCAGGGCUGGAAACCACGUGGGAAGAGUGGCCUUGCACUGGGCUGCAGGUGCUGGGCACGAGCAGGCUGUACGGCUGCUCCUGGAGCAUGGGGCUGCUGUGGACGACGCGGACUCGUUUGGGAUGAAUGCGCUUCUCCUGUCUGCCUGGUUCGGCCACUUGCAGAUUGUGCAGAUCCUGGUCAAUGCUGGGGCCAAGGUUCACUGUGAGAGCAAGGAGGGCCUGACCCUAUUGCACUGUGCGGCUCAGAAAGGCCACAUGCCUGUGCUAGCCUUUGUCAUGGAAGACCUGGAGGACGUGGCCUUGGACGGUGCAGACAAGCUGGGAAGAACAGCAUUCCACAGAGCUGCUGAGCACGGACAUCUGGACGCUGUGGACUUCCUCGUGGGCUCUGGCUGUGACCACGGUGUCAAAGACAAGGAGGGGAACAGCGCCCUGCACCUGGCUGCCAGCCAGGGCCACGUGGCGGUGCUCCGGAGGCUCGUAGACAUUGGGCUGGACCUGGAAGAGCAGAACUCGGAGGGUCUGACUGCUUUGCAUGCAGCCGCCGAAGGAUCCCACGCCGACUGCGUGAAGCUCCUCAUCAGUGCUGGGAGCAACGUGAAAGCCCUCACCCAGAAAAGGUGGAGCUGCCUCCACUAUGCAGCCCUUGGUGGCUCUGAGGACGUGUCUUGGGCACUUAUCAAGGCAGGAGUGUGCACAGAUGUGGCUGACAAGCAGGGCACCACUCCUAUGCACCUUGCUGUGAAGCACAACUUCCCUGGCCUGGUCCAGCUCCUCAUAGACGCCCACAGUGAUCUGGACGCCGUGGACAUUAGGCAGCAGACUCCGCUCCACCUUGCCUCCGAGCAUGCCUGGCAGGAUGUAGCAGAGAUGCUCCUUAUUGCUGGAGCUGAUUUAAGCCUGAGGGAUAAGCAAGGAAAGACCGCCCUGGCGGUGGCUGCCCGUGGUAACCAUGUCAGCCUGGUGGACAUGCUCAUAAAAGCUGACCGCUUCUACAGAUGGGAGAAGGAGCACCAUCCCUGCAGGGGUGCCAGCAGCCCCUCGAGGAAGAACCUGACCUUUAAACAAGACCAUCGGCAGGAAACACAGCAGUUGCGCUCCGUGCUUUGGCGGCUGGCCUCCCAGUAUCUGAGGCCCAGCGAGUGGAAGAAACUGGCCUAUUCCUGGGAGUUCACGGAGGCUCAUGUCUGUGCCAUCGAGCAGCAGUGGACAGGAACCAGGAGCUACCAGGAGCACGGUCACCGGAUGCUGCUCAUCUGGCUGCACGGUGUGACCACGGCUGGGAAGAACCCCGGCAAGGCACUGUUUGAGGGCCUCACGGCCAUCGGCAGGAGAGGCCUGGCUGAACGUGCCAGGAAGAUGGCAAAUGGGGAGUCCCAGGCCCCCAGGAGGUGCACAGCCAUGUGAGCUGCUGGAACGCCGAGGGACCGCCGACACCGAAGGGGAUGUCCAUGAGAGCUUUCCAGCAGACCCCGCACACAGACCUCAGCUGCAUCAGCUGCAGGAAACACGCUUUUCGGAGGAUGGGCCGCAGUCUAGGUUUUCUGGGUCAUCCUUUCCCAGGAAUGUGGCCCUUUAUAGCUCUCAGCUUGCUGUGUUUGUGAGGGUGUAAUGUGUUCAUCACAAGCAUGUGGAGGCCAGAGGGCACUUGGCAGGGUUUUCCUCCAUAGGCACUGUCCAUUUUGUGGUUUUUGUUUUGUUUUGUUUUGUUUUGAGACAGUCUCUCUCUCUAUUCCUAGAAGUCCUGGAACGUCUUGUUGAGACAGGGCCUGUCCUAGGUCUAACCAGAUUGGCUGGCCAGUGAGCCCAGUGACCCUCCUAUCUUGCCUCCCUAGUCCUGGGUUUACAAGCAUGUCCACCAUGCCCUGGUUUUCAUGUGGGUUCUGAGUGUCAAGCUCAAGUCCUCAUGUUGCAUGGCAAAUGUUGUAUCUGCUGAGCUGUUUCCCCAGGCCUCUAGUUAAGUUUCACUUCCAUUAUCUUAGAACAUCAUGAGGUGCAAGGGGUGUUUUUAUUUCGAGGACUCCCUGGGGUCCAGGGAGGAGGAGCAGCUUGCUCAGGUCACACCAUAAACCCAGUGCUGUCAAACCAGCAGUCCUCCCUGCAGGGAGGGCUUCAUUUGUUCACUGGAUGGUCCUUAACUUCAGGACAACUCACUGAUCUCUAGUGCCACACACGCAGAAGCUGCCAUGCUGUUUAUAUUUGUAAACUUGCAUACAUUUGUGAGUAUGUUUGUGUAUGUUGGCCGACCAGGAGUGGGUAACUGGGUUUGUGCUUUGUAUGUUUUUGAUCUUUUGUGUCUAGAAAUCAUUUCAGACUUACAAAACUCACAAAGUAGUACCGAGAGUGUUCAAGGGUUCUGCACGCAGGUCUCUAAAUAUUAACUCUUACCUAACGGCAGUGUGGAUUUUUAAAGCCAGGAAGUCAGAGGCUGGAGAGAUGGCUCAGUGGUUGAGAGCGCUCCUUGCAGAGGACCUGUGUUCAGCAGCACCCUGUGGCAGCUCACAGCUCGCUCGAGCAUGCGCAUGUGCUCAUCCAUGUGUUCAGCCAAACACUCAGACACAUAAAAUCUUUUUUUAAAAAUUAGGAAAUUAACAGUGUUUCUAAACUAUUCAUUAAUUUCAGACCAUACUCAAAUUUUGUCAGUGUUUUCUCACCUCCUGGAUUAAUAUCUGGUCCAGGAUCACAGAUCACGUUUUUUAAAAACAAUAUAAAUGCCUUAUUUAACAGUUACAGCUCAUCCCAUGGGUCAAGAGGUGGCCCAGCAGGACCCAGCAGCAAGGUCAGCGCAUCCUCCUAGCUUCUCUCUCUGGCUCACCCUCUCGGGCGGGGCCUUUGACAGUUCAGGAACUCGCUCUGUAGACCUGGCUGGUCUUGAACUCACAGAGAUCUGCCAGCCUCUGCCUGCCCUGCACCGCUACCACCUGGCCGACUUUAAUCCAGUUUAACUACUGAAAAACAGCAGUGGCCGAGCAUGUGUGCUGUGGUCCACGCCUGUAAUCCCAGCACUCAGGGAGGCAGAGGCAGGUGGAGCUCUGAGUUCAAGGCCGCCUGGUCUACAAAGCCAGUCCAGGACAGCUACACAGAGAAACCCUGUCUCAAAACACCUCCCCACCUUCCCACCCCCACAAAAAAAAAAAAAAAAAAAAAAAAAAGAAAAAAGAAAAAAAUCAGCGGAGCCAGCAGCAUUCCCAGGACCUGAGGGCAGGAGAGAGGAAAGAUAUAACUGGAGGGUGGUGGGAUUCUAGUCAGACUCCCAGAAGGACAGACUGGCUAUAGACCUCUUGGGUAGGAGUGACGUCUGGACCCAGAGCUCUUCAGACACUGUCCAGGAGGAACUGGGGAUAGGGACGCAGGGGUAGGUACGGGAGGAGAAGGGACCCCUGUGCAUUGUGCUAGAGAUGAGCAGCUCCCACCAGGGGCCACCCACUCAGUGACAGAGGAGUGCUCAGACCAAGCAGAGUUAGCAAGGCAGCGGAGGGGACAAUGGGACAAAGUAGUCAUGAAAAACAAAAGCACUUUCUCCCUAGAGAAGGUGCCCCGUGGCUGGGUGCAGUCGAAAGGUCACGAGCUAGGAAAACUAGCUGGCCAAGGGCCUAAGAAGUCUCACCGAAGACUUAAUAAGACGGCAGGUUGUUGGGACUCUGUAGCCCCAAGGAAGCAAGGACAGGCCUUUUUGUUUGAGGUGGGCCAAAUAUGGGUGUUCAGACCAUGAUUUCAUGGUUUGCUCAGACCGUGCGGCCUUGUGAUCCUUUCUUGAUGGGUGGGCGCUGGUUGGUGGUGGGAGCUGGAUUACAGAGGACUGUAUAGUGAGGCGUUGCUCAGGGUCCUGCGAUGUGGUUGUGGUGUUGCUGAAACUUUAUUUAUUUUUUAAUUUUCGAGUAGCUCAUAGUCUGCUGCUUUAGACCCAGCUGGUGCCCCUCUUGCUGGCUGGCCCACCUCACUCGCUCCCCAUUGCCUGAAAGUGCACCCCGGCCCCCACAGUCAGCCUGCAGGACUCAGGCUGUGGCCCUGAGGUCCGGGUGUGCAGCUCAGUGUACGAGCCAACCUGCAGCAGCUGACACUGAGGCAAGGAACCUACCCAGCAUGCCCUGGGCUAUACUCUGCUUCAGUCAGGACUGUCUCCCUGUGAAGCCCAGCUUCGUCCUGCCGCAGUUCCUGGGUGCUGCGGUUACAGGGGUCACCAGCACACAUGGCUUGAGGUUCCUUAUCACACAGUACUUCCAGUCUUCUGUGUUUUAUUUUUUCCCCCAACUGAUUAUCUUCUGGAGAUUGUUAAUAUGAAAUCUGGUUUGUCUGCAUCGUGGAGUGGUACACAACAGUGAAAAAGAGCCUGAGGAUAAGGACUGCUGUGGAAAGAACUUUAGGAUCAAUUCAGCGAAGAAAAUCGAUAGACCCAUGUGUAAACUGCUUGCUGCCUGCGGAAUGGAAGUGUAUUUUCAUGUGUAUAUGUGUCUACAAAUAAAAGCUAGAUGAAGGCCCAGAA